AUGAGUAACGAAAGCAUGGAGGUUGAUGAAGGAUCCAAGAAAAGGUUUGAGGUAGGCUGAUAUUAUUUUAGCCACGUUUGCUCUGUUUAGGUGAAGAAAUGGAAUGCCGUGGCUCUGUGGUCAUGGGAUAUGGUUGUGGAUACCUGUGCCAUCUGCCGGAAUCAUAUCAUGGAUCAGUGCAUUGAAUGCCAAGCAAAUCAGGUAGUUUGACUUUUUCGUUUUUAGAUAAGGAUUACGUAUUGUUUUAUUUGUAGGCAGCGAGUAACAGUACGGACUGUACUGUCGCAUGGGGAGUUUGUAACCAUGCCUUCCAUUUCCAUUGCAUUUCCCGCUGGCUGAAGACUCGCCAGGUUUGUCCCCUGGAUAACAGAGAAUGGGAGUUCCAGCGGUAUGGCCAUUGA